AUGUGUUCGCAUCAAAAGAAACAGGACUGCUAUGAGAUCCCAGCUCAGGCUGGAGGAUCCUCGAGCUAUGGUGUUGGAGGGGGCUCGUCGUGCUGCAGCUCCGAGGAGUCCUGCCAGAAGAUUAUAAUCGCCGGGGGUGACAGUGGAGUCUCAAGCAGUGGCAGUGGGGGAUCGUACGGCUGCAGUGUUGGAGGGGGAUCAGGCGGUGGGAGCGGGGGAUCAGGGCAAAAGAUUAUCAUUGCAGGCAGUGGCAGUGGGGGCUCGUUCGGCAGCUGCACUGGAGGGGGGUCAGGCAGUGGGAGUGGGGGAUCAGGGCAAAAGAUUAUCAUCGCAGGCGGUGGCAGUGGGGGCUCGUUCGGCAGCUGCACUGGAGGGGAGUCAGGCAGUGGGAGUGGGGGAUCAGGGCAAAAGAUUAUCAUUGCAGGCGGUGAGAGCGGGGGAUCAUACGGCUGCAGUGUUGGAGGGGGAUCAGGUGGUGGGAGCGGGGGAUCAGGGCAAAAGAUUAUCAUUGCAGGCGGUGGCAGUGGGGGCUCGUUCGGCGGCUGCACUGGAGGGGGGUCAGGCAGUGGGAGUGGGGGAUCAGGGCAAAAGAUUAUCAUUGCAGGCGGUGAGAGCGGGGGAUCGUACGGCUGCAGUGUUGGAGGGGGAUCAGGUGGUGGGAGCGGGGGAUCAGGGCAAAAGAUUAUCAUUGCAGGCGGUGGCAGUGGGGGCUCGUCCGGCGGCUGCACUGGAGGGGGAUCAGGCGGCGGUGAGAGCGGGGGAUCAUACGGAAGCUGCACUGGAGGGGGAUCAGGCAGUGGGAGUGGGGGAUCAGGGCAAAAGAUCAUCAUCGCAGGCGGUGGCAGUGGGGGCUCGUCUGGCGGCUGCACUGGAGGGGGAUCAGGCGGUGGGAGCGGGGGAUCGUACGGCUGCACUGGAGGGGGAUCAGGUGGUGGGAGCGGGGGAUCAGGGCAAAAGAUUAUCAUCGCAGGCGGUGGCAGUGGGGGCUCGUCCGGCGGCUGCACUGGAGGGGGACCCGGCUACGGCGCUGGAGGCUCAGCUGGCUGUUGCAGUGGUGGCUCAGAUGACUUCGGCAGUGGAGGUUCCCUGCAGUCGACGCAGCGGAAAUGCCCCGUUGUGAUCCCAUGCAUGGAGCAGCAGCAGACCAAGCAGCCCUGCCAGUGGCCCCCAAACCUGACGAAGUAA